AGGGAGUGACUUCAGUGCUGAGAAGCUCACAUCUGCAUCACACACACACAUACACCCACACACACACACACACACACACACACACUCACACACCCACACACGCCGUCAACACCUCGUUUCGAUGGAAAGGAUUAUCUUUAUCAUUUUGUCCAGAAGCAGAAGAAACAAAAAGUGAAAGCUCUCUUUUCCACUUUGUUACUUUUAUCUCGAUCCUCGUCAGAAGGCUGUGAUAUCUAUUGAUUGAUUGAUUUGUUGGUUUGUCGCCUGAGAGCGGGAUCGUCGGAGGAACAGAGAAAAUGUUCAUUAACAGGGAUCGCUGGAGGGUCUACAAGAGGGUGAGCCUGGUGUUUUUCCUGGCUGCGGUGGCGCUGACGGUCGUCCAGCGGGGGAGCAUCAACAUCGGGGCACCCUUCGAACUCCAGAGGCAGGCUCGCAUGGAGGGAGUGGAGCCCGACGCUGCAGCGGAGGAGAAGAUGGACUCGUCCCCGGGGAGGAAACACUUCUGGAAAGCUAUGAAACGCCCCCCACAGCCCAAGGCCCGCAGGACCACACGGAACCAACCGACAAUCACUGCAUCCUGGGAUAUAACCAGCUCCAACUGCAGCGUCAACCACAACCUCUCCAGCCAGGACUGGUUCAAGGGCCUGGAGGACAAUUUCAAGCAGUUCAUGCUUUAUCGCCACUGCCGUUACUUUCCAAUGGUCCACAACCACCCAGAGAAGUGUGGAGGGGACAUUUAUCUGCUCAUGGUAAUUAAAUCCAUGGCCACCCAGCACGACCGCAGGGAGGUCAUCCGAAAAACCUGGGGCAAACAGCAGGUGGUGGACGGCAAGAGGAUAAAGACCCUCUUCCUUCUCGGUAAACCCUCCAACGAGGCAGAGCGGGCGAACCAUCAGAAGCUGGUGGAGUACGAGAACCAAAUCUACGGGGACAUCCUCCAGUGGGAUUUCCUGGAUAGCUUCUUCAACCUCACACUGAAGGAGACUCACUUCCUCAAGUGGUUCCACACUUACUGUCCCGGUGUGCGCUACGUCUUCAAAGGGGACGACGACGUGUUCGUCAGCCUGGACAACAUCAUCGAGUACCUGGAGGGCAGCGACCAUGACAGGGACCUGUUUGUGGGGCACGUGAUUGUAAAUGCGAGGCCCAUACGUAAUAAAGAUAGCAAAUACUACAUACCCCUGGCUCUGUAUAAUAAGACACUAUACCCUCCGUAUGCAGGCGGGGGAGGUUUUCUGAUGGAUGGGAGCCUGGCGAGGAGGCUUUACCCGGUCGCCGAAACCCUGGAGCUGUACCCCAUCGACGAUGUCUUCUUGGGCAUGUGUCUGGAGGUGCUUCGGGUCACUCCCGUAAAACACAGUGCCUUUAAGACGUUCGGGCUGGUGAGAAAUAAGAGCAGUAAGAUGAACCGAGAACCCUGUUUCUUUAAGAGCAUGAUUGUGGUGCACAAGCUGCUCCCAGCAGACCUCAUGCACAUGUGGAAGCUGGUGAACGGGGACCUGGUCUGCUCACAGAAGGUGAAGAUCCUAUAGCUGAACGAGAACACCAGGUGAGGACAGCACAGGCAAUGCUGAGCUACCCCUGGGUGGAAACUAAAGGGAAGUGCGGUGGAGUGCUGGAGGGAAACUUCCCAGUAAACUCUCCUUUGUGUGGAGAGGGACCAGUAAAAUAUUAGAUUUUACCUUUUCCGGACAGUAAUGUCCUUUUAAAAAAGUCAGGUAAAUUAUAGAUUUUUUUUUUUUUUAAAAGACUGACCUAGAAUUGUGUAUUUAUAUUGGCAUUUAAAAAAAACACUCACUGUCUGUUUGGACUUUCAUCUUUGGUUUCUUUUUUUUUAUUGAAAUAACCAUUAUAGCAUUAUCUGCAAAUACAUUACACGUUCUUCCUGAACAUUUUUAAUCAGUUUUCAUUUGGCAGAUCGCUCAAUUGUUUGGUAUGUGACUGUCUUGACCUGGACUUCUUCUACUCCUAAAGGCUUCUACUGGAAAUGUGUAAACCUGUUACAUGUGUGCUGUCUGUGCAUUUGAAUGUGCUGAUAUACUUGACAUGGAGUCUUUAGGGGUUUUGCAAUGACACUGUGAACUAAAACUACUGCUGGUACGAGCAUAUGCCAUGUUAAUUUAAUCGCCCCCCCCCCCCCCCCCCCCCC